AUGACUUCCUCAGACAACUUCGUACAACCAGCUAUUUCGCGCUUCGAUGGUCACUAUGAUCAUUGGAGCAUGCUCAUGGAGAACUUCUUGAGGUACAAGGAGUAUUGGAAUGUUGUUGAAUCUGGAGUAGUAGAACCAGCAACAGGAGCUACGGAAGCUCAGAAAAUAGAAUUUGAAGUCUUAAAAUUGAAAGAUCUUAAGGCUAAAAAUUAUCUGUUUCAACCUAUUGAUCGUUCCAUUUUGGAAACUAUUCUUUGCAAAGAAACCUCCAAGAAAAUUUGGGACUCCAUGAAGAAGAAGUAUCAAGGCAAUGUGAAGGCAAAAAGGGUACAACUCCAAGGACUCCGAACUGAAUUUGAGACUUUGCGUAUGAAAUCAGGAGAGGCAGUUGUAGAUUUCUUUUCAAGAACUAUGGCAAUUGCAACCAAGAUGAGAAUCCAUGGAGAGCGAAUGCAGGAUGUCACCAUUGUUGAGAAAAUUCUUCGAUCAAUGACACCGAAAUUUAAUUUUGUUGUCUGCUCUAUCGAAGAAUCGAAGGGUAUUGAUGAACUCUCCAUUGAUGAAUUGCAAAGUUCUUUGUUAGUUCAUGGGCAAAAAAUCAUCAAGCAGGACAAAGAAGAGCACGCGUUGAAAGCAAGGUCGAGGCAGAGGCCGAGGUAUGGUCAUUACCAAUCAGAAUGUCGAACAAAUUUAAAUAGACAAAGUGCAGAAGUAUCUAACGUUGCAGAGAAGGAAGAAGAAGUUUCUCUCUUGAUGGUGUGUUGUGCAAGUGAAGAAACUCGACAAAAUCUGUGGUAUUUGGACACUGGGUGUAGCAACCACAUGUGCGGAGACAAGAAGGCAUUUUCUGAAUUGGAUGAAAGAUUCCGCAAUACCGUCAAGUUCGGUGAUAACUUUGUUGUAUCUGUCAUGGGAAAAGGCAAUGUCACUUUACAUGACAAAUACAACUCUUUUCACACAAUUUCUAAUGCGUUUUAUGUUCCAGAUCUAAAUACCAGUUUACUCAGUAUUGGUCAACUACAAGAAAAGGAGUUCGAGAUCUUCCUGCUUCUCGGCCAACAUAACAGAUACAUCGUGGUUAUGGCAUUUUCGUUAUGGCCACUUGAGCUUUGGUGGCUUGAGAACUUUGUAACGGAAGAAUAUGUUGGCAAGCAGCAACGUAAUCAAUUUCCUAAGGGAAAAUCAUGGAGAGCCAAAAAUGUGUUGGAGCUGGUGCAUUCUGAUAUUUGCGGCCCAAUUAAUCCAUCUUCAAAUGGAGGUAAAAGAUACAUAAUUAUCUUCAUUGGUGAUUUUAGUCGGAAGACAUGGGUCUAUUUUUUGCAGGCCAAAUCUGAUGCUUUUGAAGCUUUCAAAAGCUUUAAAAUUAUGGUGGAGAAAGAAGCAGGAAGCCAAAUCAAAGUACUUCGCACAGAUCGAGGUGAGUAA